AGGAAGUGAAGACGGACAAUACGAAGCUGCUUUGUAUCUAGGAACAAAUAUAACUAAUAUAACGGGCUUUAUCUGGCUCGUUGUAAAGGUUUGUUUUGUUUUGUUUUGUUUUGUUUUGUUUUGUUUUGUUUUGUUUUGUUUUAAACUGACAAAUUAAAUUCAGCCUAAUUUCACCGGCGUCACAGACUAAUCUGCUAAAACGGAAGCAGUAUUAGCUUGUUUGGCUAACAGUUUGUUGUGUAAUACACAUAGUACAGGUGACUUAUGGGCGGGGCGCUGGUGCUGGGGGUGGGGACAGGUGUCUUCCUCAUCGCCCUCAUGUGGAUAGGCACGCUGGUCCUUAGUCUCAUCAUGUCGCGUGUUGCUGGUUCAACCAAGCUUGGGAUCAUUCCCUUGGUGCUGUUGGCUCUAACCAUCACCUUGAUCCUUGUGUUCUUCCCUCGUACCUCUGAAUUACCAUCUCCUGUUAAAGAAAAACAGGUAGUGGACACCUUCUUCAUUGGCCGCUAUGUGCUCCUGGCGGUAGUGAGUGUGGUCUUCCUGGUGUCUCUAUUUAUCCUCCUACCCUUCCACUUCCUGGAGCCGGUAUACGCCAAGCCCCUGAGAGCCCACUAGACCAGGCCUUGGCACAUGCCAGUUCCCUAAUGGACCAUCCACCAUCAGUGACGCUGACUUCAGAUGAGAGGUUCCUACAAAGAGGCUCCAGUGUUUUUGUCUGCUGGCCAAAUCAGAUGUUCUGGCCUCUGUCUGACUGUAAAAUAAAAAAGAGGACUAUCUUAUAGAUAGCACUGCUACCGUAAAGGCAGAGAUGCACUUGAUUCACUGUAUCUCCAGUUUAAUGACUUCAGUAGCUGUAUUGAAUUACUAUGUUAUUUUCAGUUGGCUCUGUGGUUAAGGCUUUGGACUGAUUGGGAAGUUGUUCAAAUCCCAACACCACAAGUUGCGUCCUUGAACAAGACUCUUAAACCUCGACUGCUUUGGUGUGUUCUGUCUCAGUUGUACCUUUCUUUGGAUAAAUGAGAACUGGAAAUGUAGCAGUGUUUCUCAUUUUUGUACUUGCUGGAUGUAUUUUUAAAUAAUACACUCUUUUUUUUGCUGAUAUCUCUUAACUAAGUGGUGCAUGAUGUAGUUAAGAACUGAUGCCACUCUAUUAAAUGGUGACCUACUACCCCUUAUUGUCCACACAGACAACGCAAACCAGACAUUUCAUCAGUUCUGCACCAUUUUGACAUGCUAAUUUGGCUCACCAGAAGCGUUCUUUAAAAGACUGUCUCUUUACACAAUGUGACAAAAGCGCUAGGAGCAGAAUUGUGUGCUUCAGCAGAACGUCAAGCUGCGCAAGUUGAUUAUUUGGAUUGUAACAAGGAAAUGCUCUGUGGGUUUUUGUUGUAAAGUUCAGAAAUCUUUAAGAGGGAUAGACAUCAUUAUAGAGCUUAAUUCAUGUGAAUGUUUAUGUGUAUACUGUGCACACUGAAUACAUUACCAAGCUUGCUUAGGUCUAGUGUUUGCAUCUAAUAAAAGACAGUUUGUUUAGACUCUGUAAACAA